CGCUCGCCCUUCAACCAGAGCGCCCAGGGAUGGCUUCAUAAUUCUCUGGGUUUAGCUGAAAUCUUUGCACACUAAAUCGAGGGCGUCGUGGACAAAGCGCAUUGCCUUCACGCGGCGGCGUUGCACGUCAGACUCGAUAGAAACCACCGCGGUGCCGUACCUUCCCGUGAAGUGCGCUGCUUAACGUCGUCAGACCAAAUAACAGUGACACGCGAACAACAUCUCCUCGCCCCCACCAGCACGCACACCACAGGAAGUGGGCCGACUCGCACGUCAAGCCUGUUUCCGCGUGAAAAAACUCACUCGCCCCAAACGGUGAAUAACUGGAUCCAAUGGCGGCAGUGAGUUCUGAUCAAAAGGUGGAAGAGCCAUCUCCUGAAGGCCUCGAGAGAAGCCACCUAAACACUCAGCUUCUGGAGGAGUUUGCCCAAACUUUGUCCGGGAGCAUAAUGGAGUCCUUAAGAAGCCAAACGGGGACGCUGGACCCUGAGGUGGACCAGAGGGCGUCCACAUUUGACCAGAGGCAGGAGACGUUGGCCGAGGCGAUGGCCUCCGCAGUGAUCCAGGCCGCUCUGCGGGAGGUCUUCAGCACUCAAAGCGCAGCGGAUCAUAUGGAGGCUUCCCAGAGCUGGAAGAGAUGCGACUCUCCGUCCCAGGCGUGGCCCCCCGUCCCGGGAUCCCUCGACUACCCCGACGCCCCUCCCACCACGCCUCUCCUCCCGGAGCUGGAGAGGAGCAGGUACAGCUUCGCCAGGAAGCUCAAAGGAGGCCUGGCGAGGGUUUACCUGCCUUCACCUCCGCCGCCGACCCCGAAGGACGAAGAGGACGCCGGGACCGCCGGAGACCCCCGGGUGGAGCUGAUGGAGCAUCUGAUGCGCUCGCUCUCCACGGACGAUUUGACAGGGGACCACCCCGAAGCGGGGUCUCCCCGCGGAGCCAAGGUGGAGGCUUUGGCGGACGCCGUCUCAUGCGACAUCAUCGGUUCGGUCUUGAGGGGCAAAAGCAGAGAGACGAGAGGCGUCGAUGACGAUCUCCAUGUGCUGGCCCGACAACUGGCCCAAACCAUCAUCACCUCCUCCCUCCAUGAAGCCAAAACGCUGCUCUAGCAUCGGUGACUCGUGGGAUCAUAUUUGUGAGGCCUGGCAAGAAAAAUAAUAAUAUCCACCAACACGUGACCUCCGGUUGGAGUCUGCUGCAAUCAUGUUUUCUUUUUGGAUUCAACUUCUCAAUAAAGUUUGGUUAAAGCUCCUCCAGAUGAAGACGUUUAAUUGGGGAAUAACAAUUUUUAUUUGCAAGGAGUGGCCCGGGAUCCAACAAAAAACAGAACAUUCUUCGUACUAAAAAGUUUAUUGUGGAAGCAGGUUUUAGAAACUGGGUUCGUGGUUUCAUUCACAGAUGACUGCUAAUUCAACUGCAGUGGCUGUGAAUAUCCUGUAGAUGGUAUUACAGAUGCAGCAUCAUGAGCAUGACGUUAAUUACCUUUGGGUGAAAAAGAAAAAAAAUGCUAUUUCGCAAUAAAAUGUUUAUGCCAGGGUGUCGCCGCUUGUUUAUGAAUCUUCCUCAACUUGUGUUGUUUUACUGGAUUUUGCUUUUUUAAUUGAUCCCAUGUAUUGUCAACACCAAAAAUAAAGAUGCCAAUUAUUUCUUACCCCUGUCAAGUUUUUU